AUGGAUGAUGAUUUUGCUAGAGCAGUAAAUAAAUUUAAUUCAAAUUUGGGGAUUUAUAAUAAGAACAGUUUUAUGAAAGAUCUUAAUGGGAGAAAAGAAAAAAAUGAAAAAAAAGACAAAAUCGAUGAGAAGAAUAUAAAUAAAUUGAAGGAAGAUUUAGAGCUACAUUAUAUACAUAACUCAAAUAAUAAAAUUUGUCAAAAAUUCCUGACACUUCCAGUGAAUUCCAAAUCUGACAAACUGAAGGACCAUUCGGACAAGGUCAUAUUGCCAGUGUCCAUCCUAAAAAUUCUCGAGAAGGGAUUUUACAGAAACGAAGUGGAAUUUCCAUACACGUUUAGCCUGAAAAAUGUACAAAAUAAUUACAUCACUCAUGUAUGCGUUUUGGAAUUCAGUUCCAACGAAGGAAUUAUACACGUUUCGGAAAAUGUAAAAGAGAAUUUAGGUAUAAAAGAAAAUAAUGGAAUUGUUCGAUUAUUAGUAACAUAUGCAAAUGUACCAAAAUGUGAUUUUAUAAAAUUUGAACCAUUAAAUGAAAACACGAAUAACAUCAAGUUAAUGAAAAAUUUGUUGCAAAAUGAGUUAAGUUUAAAUUAUAGUACUUUGACUCUAGGUGAUUAUGUUCAUAUUAAUAAUUUAAGUUUUUAUAUAAGUGAGUUAGAACCAGAUAAUGCUGUAUCGUUAAUAAACACUGAUAUCACUGUUGAUAUAUGUGAAGGCUCAAGUUUUAGUGAAUAUAAAAAAAACACUUUAUCAAAUUCAGUAAACGACUUUUAUGAACCUAUCAACACCACAGAUGUAACAAUAAAUAGCAUUAUUAAAAAAGGUAUGAAAAAAUAUAAGUACAUUUUUCAUUACAGUAUAUUAGAAUUACUCAAGAAGGACAAGGUUCAAAUCCAUAUUUUCAUAAAUCCUAGUGAUAAUACAAAUAACAAUUUUGACAUGUAUAUUUCCUUUCCCCCAUAUGAUUCUGUUUCGAAUGUAUUGCAUCAUUUGCAUAUCGAUGAUUUUAGUAAAGAAAUCAAGAUAAAUAAGGACGUUAUAAGAAAAUCCCUGAUGUUGCACUUUGCAUGUUUCGCGAAGCAACUAGAAGAGAAAAGUACAGAAAUAGCACUUCAAGAAAAUGGUGUAUUAAUUAUGCCUCAGAAUGACGACCCGUUUUUAGAAUACAUACUCGAUCAGUUCUUCCCGCACAUAAUGUAUAUUGCCAUUUCUAGCACGGAAGAAAAAGAGUUGCAAUACAGCCUUUCAUUGAAGGUUCAUUCAAAUGAUGAAACAGAAAUUAUGAAAGAAGAAAAAGCAAGAGAUAAUUUUAAAUAUUCAUCUACUAUAAACAAUUCAAACACGAUGAACUGCACAGCUAUAAACCCUAUACCAAAUUGUAACAAUAAUCAAACAUUUAUUAAAUGCAAUAAUUGCUUAAAAGAUAUUUUAGAAAAUAAUAUGAAUAUGCAUCAGAUUCAUUGCUUAAAAAAUAUUUCCAUAUGUAAUAUAUGUAAAAAGAGUUUUUUAAAAAAAGACAUUCUUAAUCAUACGCAUUGUGGAAUAUGUAAUGAAGGUUUAAAUGUAUCCGAUGUGGAUAAACAUAAUCAUACAUGGCAUACAAAAAUAAAAUGCGUGUGUCAGAAAUAUUUUUAUAAAAAACAGUUUAUUUUUCAUCAAGCGUUAUUUUGCCCGAAGAAAAUUAUUUUCUGUUCGUAUUGUAACAUAUUUACCAUGUCUUGUACAAAUAUGUAUAAUGAAGAUUAUAUUUUGGCGAAUUUUUUGGACAAAUUUGAUCAUAAAGAAAAUUUUAUUGCAAAAUCGGUUAAUUAUUAUAUUCAUCUAUUACAUACAAAUUUUUCAUAUUUUAUAAAAUAUAUCAAUCAUACGGAACAUGAAAAAUAUUGUGGAUCCAAAUCUGUUAAUUGUACACUUUGUAAAACGAAUAUGUACAGAAACACCUACUUAGAUCACUUAAUGUUUUUUCAUAAUAAGGAUAAACAAGAGUCCUUUACCAUUAUAAAUGAAAAUAUGAACGUAUAG